UUUUAUAUAAAUUUAAUGGUUUUUUUUGUAUUCUCUCAACGUGAGGAACAACGUUCAUUUAAUUUAUAUACACAGAUAAAUAACACUAUAUAUUUCUGUUUUGUCCCUUUUCGACUAGUAUCCCGGAUAGGCCACGUAAAUAUUGAUGUUAAUAAAAUUAGUGAAUCAAUUGAAAAUUUUGAAGACCUGGAUAAUAUUUUGCUCGGUGAUAGCCGAAAAAAACAAAAUUUAUUUGGAAUUGAAAGGACUAAAGAAAACGUAAAGGGAACUCAAAAAAAAGUUGCUUUCCAAGAUUUUGAUGACGAUCUUUUGGGAGAUUUGUUGAGUGACAGCUAUGAGUUGAAUAAAAAUAAACUUUUAAGUAACAAUGACAAUAAGAUAGGAGAUUUAUUUGGAACUAAAAGUACAGAAAAAUUAAAGUAUGAUACGGGAAUAUCAAAAAAUACUGAAGUUAAUGUAGUGUUAAGUAAAAAUGAACCAAACAGCUUAUUGAACGAUAGUUUAGAAAUAAAUAAAACAACGACGAUUGUAGGACAAUCGACAACACCAAAUUCUUUUGAAAAUUCACAUAAUGCUUUAGGCACUUUUUCAAAUUCAAAUCGACCAGACAGAACUAAGAAAUCAUCAAUAAUGGAGGAUUUAUUUGGAUCUAAACCACGAGCGAUUGCUUCUAAUGAAAGUAAUCUUGAUAAACCUGUAACAAGAAAUGUUGGUUCUGAAGAAUCAAUUGCGUCUUCAAAGCCAUUCGUGCUUUCUACUGCUGGUAGUCGAGAAUCGAGAAGACCUAGGCCAAAAUCCAUAAAUAUUAAUGAUCCUUUAGGAAUUUUAGGCAUACAAGAUACUACUCAAUCAAAAGAAGAAAAUCCAAAACAACAGAUAGUAACAAAUACUAAUGAUGAUUUAUCAAAUGAUUUACCAGAAUGGCUUACCAGCGGUAAGAAAAAGACGAAUAAUGAAAAUAACAAACAAAUGAACAAUCCUACAUUAAAGACUGAUAAAUCCGAUGUACAAAAUAGCAUUGAUAAUGCUAAACCGCCAAUUUUAAACCAAGACAAUUUAUUACAAAGAAAUACAAUAUCUCUACCAGAUAUUUCUUCGUUAACGAAUACACAGUUUGAUCCUCAAAUUUCCAUUGUUGCAAUGCAAGAACAAGAACAUAAGUUGCGAGCUGCCACACUUUUAUCUCAACAAACUUAUCAAUUAAAUAAUAUUGUCGAAAAUCAGAAGAGUAAAUUGAAUGAUCAAGAAAAAAUAUUUGAUACUUUCAUUAAACAACAAAUUGACCGACAAUCAAUGCUUGAAACUCAAAUUAAAUUACAACAAGCACGAAUAGAUCAUUAUAUUCAAGCACUUUCAACACAAAAAAUGACACUGCCUUCAGGUGUACCAUUUGAAAAUAAAGAUUCAAUAUCAAUGACUGAUAAACAAAAUGAUGAAAAAUUAGAAUCCGAAUAUUUGAUACAUACUCUGGAAAUAAAGAAAGAUAAUUUAGAGCACUUAGCAGACAUUAUGAAGGAUAAAAAUGAACGAGAAAUUAAAAUUUUAGAAGAUUCUCACGAGACGCAAAUGCGAUUAAUGCAAGAAAGUAUCGAUAAACUGGAAAAGAGAUUUCGUCAACAAAUCGAAGAAAUUGAACAUGAUUAUGAGAAAAGAAUAGAAAAGUUGUUGAAUGAAAAAAAUCAACAAGAAAUAUACUUCAAAGAACAAAUAGAAAACCUCAAAACAGAUCACGAUAAAGCUAUUAAAGAUAUUCACAUUAGACACUCACAGCAAAUCGAUUUAUUGCAAAAAGAACACAUUAUAACAUUAGAAAAUAUUUCUCGUGCCAAAGAAGUCGAACAACAGACCGUUGAUUUCAUUAAAUCUCAUAAAAUAGAUGUCAACAGUAUGUUAGAACGGGUACAAAAAGUUUCUGAUGGGUUUGAAACUCUGUAUGAUCAAGUAAGGAAUCGAGAUACUGAUGGUAUUAUUAAACGGGAGAAUAGUUUAAAAAAACAAGAAGAAACUUUAAAAGCGCUGAUGGAACAAUUGAAUACUCAACAAGAAGUAUUGAACGGUGAAAGAAAGCAGCUAGUAAUUAUUGCUCAAAAAUUAGAGUCUGAUACAAAUGAAUUAACCCAUCAAUUUGUAGAAAAUAAUAAAUCGAUCAAUGAAAGAGAAACAAGAUUGGAUUUGCAAGAAAAAUCUUUAAUAAACGAAAGAAAUUUAUUUCAAGAACAAAUAAAGUGGGAACGAGAACAUAUACAGUGUUUAAAAGAAGCAUGGAUAGCAGAACAAAAACAACAGUUACAUCUACUAGCGAACGAAAGAGAAGCUGUAGCCGCAGAAAGAGCUAAACUUGAAGUGUUUAAUAAUUUAAAAUUUAAUUCCGACGAUAUCGUUAAAACUGAGUUAGAGGCAGCCAUAAAAGCCGCACAUGAAGCAACUCAUCAAGCAAAUGAGGAGCGACGAAGGUGGCAAGAAAAAUCAGAACUUCUUUUAACAGAACAUCGUCGAAAUGAAGCGAAAGAAAGACAAUUAAUGCAAACUGCUAAAGAUUUAGAAGAACUUACUCAGGCAGCUGUUAUUAAACGUGAAGAGGGUAUGCAAGCACUAAGAGAAGCACAACGUAUUGAAAAACAACAUAAAGAUCGAUUAAAUCAAUUACAAUUACAACUUGAAGCUGUAGCAGAGAGAGAAAAUAAAAUUGCUGCCGAAAAAAUAGCAUUAGCAAGAGAAAGACUGUCAUUAAGAGUAUAUCAAGCUGAAGCACCAGAAAAAGAUGUAAUGAAUGACUCAUAUUGUAGUCAAAUAAAAGAUUCAAUAUACACUAUUUCUCCACAAAUACAAACACAUUUUAAGGAUAUAGUUGAUCCCAAACUCUUACUUUUGAAGUUAAACUUGGACAAUAAAUUUGAUAAAUCUCACCAAUUACUUAGUCAACAAAAGAAUUGGAGGCGAAGCCCAAGAACGUCGUUGAAAUUCACUACUAAUGUGUGUUGGAUAGUGUCGAAAUCGAAAUCAAAUGUAUUACUUCGAAAAGAUAUGUUGGUCGAAGCA